AUGCACAACCCAGACUCAGGCGCCUCUCCGGCAGCGGACCCAGGCUCGGAGACCCGGACGCUGGGACAGGCGGCCCGCCGACCCCCCCCGCCAGGCGGGGGCCAUGGCGCCCCCCGCAGGACCCGCCCGCCGCCCCGGGGACGCCCGAGCGGCGCCUCACUGAGGCCGAUGCCCACCCGGGAGUCCUCAAAGACCCGCGGCUACCGGGGGGACCUGCAGACCCGCCCGCCCGGCCCUGGGCCCCCGCGGUUGGUGCCUCCAGGCCCGGAAACCAGCGCCCCCCGCGCUCUGUGCGAGCGUCAACCAGGAGCGCACAGGGCAAGGCCCAAGAAGAUUGUAUUUGAGGAUGAGCUGCCAUCCCGGGCCCUCUUGAGCACCAGGAAGCCUGUUGAAGCCAUCCCCAGGGGGCAUAUGCCAAGGGCCCACCCAGUGCCCGACUAUGAGCUUAAGUACCCACAAGUGAGCAGUGAGAGGGAACGGAGCGGCUAUGCUGCGGUGUUCCAGGACCAGUACACAGAGUUCGUGGAGCUCCAGCAGGAGGUGGGCUCUGCACUGGCAAAGCUCCAGCAGCUGGAGACCUUGCUGAACUCACUGCCCAGGCCGCGAAGCCAGAAGGAAGCCCAAGUUGCCGCCCGUGUCUGGAGGGAAUUUGAGAAGAAGCAGACGGACCCCAGCUUCCUGGACAAGCAGGCUCGCUGCCACUACCUGAAGGGCAAACUGAAGCACCUCAAGAUGCAGAUCCAGAAGUUCGAUGAGCAAGGAGAUUUCGAGGGCUCUGUGUACUUCUGA